AUGCAGUUUAUGUUGCUUUUUAGCCGUCAGGGGAAGCUUCGGCUUCAGAAAUGGUAUGUGCCGCUGUCAGACAAAGAGAAGAAAAAGAUCACAAGAGAACUUGUGCAAACCGUCUUAGCGCGGAAGCCGAAGAUGUGCAGCUUUCUGGAGUGGCGCGAUCUGAAGAUUGUUUACAAGAGAUACGCUAGUCUGUAUUUUUGCUGUGCUAUUGAGGAUCAAGACAAUGAGCUAAUUACCCUGGAAAUAAUUCAUCGUUACGUGGAACUACUUGACAAGUAUUUUGGCAGUGUGUGUGAGCUUGAUAUCAUCUUUAAUUUCGAGAAGGCCUAUUUUAUUUUGGAUGAGUUUCUUUUGGGAGGGGAAGUGCAGGAAACAUCUAAGAAAAACGUCCUUAAGGCCAUCGAGCAGGCCGAUCUGCUGCAGGAGGAAGCCGAAACCCCACGUAGUGUUCUUGAAGAGAUUGGACUGACAUAA